AUGGCCCCCGUCACUGCCUCCGCCACGCGGCCGGUUGCGGCCAAGCCUGCUGUGCGCUCCGCCACGCGCCGCACGAUGUUCGCCCUCGGCGGCGCCGCCGCGCUCAUGCUGGCCACGCGCCCGGUGGCCCGCGCCGACGUGUUCGAGAACACCACCAACAACGCGAAGCCAGGCGUGUCGUGCGUGGGAUGCACCCCGCAGCAGAGGAAGAAGCUCUCGAUGCAGCGCAAGGAGGCGCUGAGGGAGAAGUACUCCGGCAGGCAGUUCGUCGGGAAGGAGGAGGACGCCCUCGUGCCGCCCACGGAGUGA